AUGAAGCGGAUUGUAAAACUUAUUGGCAUUAGUGGUCCUUCAAGUUCCGGGAAAAGUACCCUCUCACGGCUUUUACGAACAGUAUUAGGGGCCGAUCCGCGAAACGCCGUGGAGAUUGUAUACCAAGAUGACUUCUACAAGAAUGACAAAGAUAUCCCAAUUAAUAAAGAAACUGGGCUAGAGGACUGGGAUUGUCCUGAAGCGUUCGAUAUGGACUUAUUAGGACGCGUUUUAAAGACUCUCAAAACAUGUGAAGGCGAUGUUUCUUUUGCGAAAUCGCUUUAUGAAUCCAAGGAAGAAACCAACACUCUUGGCAAGAUAGAAGUGACGGAUAUUGAGCUUGAAUAUGAAAAGACAAAGUUUAUUGAGCAUACGCGUAACAAUUUACCUGUGCUCUAUGUGAUUGUGGAUGGUAUUAUGUUGUUCCACGAUCCCGAGGCAGUGCUUCCGGUUCUUGAUUUGGCGGUAUUGUUGCGGGCACAGUAUUUAGAGUUAAAGCGGCGACGUGAGGCACGCUCAGGAUAUGUCACGUUGGAGGGGUUUUGGACUGAUCCACCAGGGUAUUUCGAUGAUAUGGUGUGGCCUGGAUAUGUUCGUAGCCACGCUUAUUUGUUUCAAAAAAAUGGUGGAGAAGGUGGUAAUAAUGGUGAUGAUCCAAAGGGAUUGUGGCUGGAAAGUGCGCCUUUGACAGAAGUUGCCCGCUCGCAGUACAAGAUCCAGACACCCGGAGUGGGGUGGAGCAUGUAUCAUACGCUUGAUUGGAUGGUGGAUAGAAUCAUAGAGCUCAAAUAA